AUGGAGGUGGAGGUGGCCCUGCUCCGGGGGGAGCUGGCGGGGGAAAGGGUGGCCGCUCGGCGCGAGGAGGAGCAGCUGCGGGAGCUGCUGGGCGAGCAGGCGGAGCCCCGCAGCAGCCAGGAGCUGCGGGAACAGGAGCAGAGGCAGCUGAGCCAGGAGCGUGAUCUCGUGGAAAGUCUUCGCCAGCAACUCAGGGAGGCCCAAGGGCAGCUUGACUCCCAGCCAGAGGACCAGAGGGAGAGGCUCUUGCAAGGGGUACAGGAGAUCAGAGAGCAGCUGGACGCCGCCCAGCGCACCUUCGAGGACCUGGAGUUCCAGCAGCUGGAGCGCGAGAGCCACGUGGACGAGGAGCAGGCCAGGCCCGAGGGCAGUGCUCCGGAGCCCAGGGUCCGGGAGCUCCAGGCCAGUGUGGCCCGGCACAGG